AUGGCAUCUCAGAGUCAAAAUACCCAGCGUCUCCCAGAGGAUGCUCAUGCCGAUUCAUGCUCGGUAUCGGACGAGUCGGAUUCUAGCAACGAAGAAGGCUGGGAGGAUGUCGAGGCCGAUGAUGAGUCGCAGCCUGUUGUAGACUUGUUCUCUGAUCAGCUCUUUCCUGAUGUGCGCUCUUUAUUGAAGGAAUGCAAGGAGAAGCACCAGUUUGACUUGUUGAAGAUCCAGAAGGAUCUGGAUCUGGAUUUUUUGGAUACCAUCAAGCUUGUCAACUACGUGCGAUCAGAAGUCAAGGCUGGAAACAAAAUCCCCGAUGUCAGCUCCAAGUCAAAGUUCGCCGACGACGCCUACAUGAAGCCAGUACUGGAGGACGAUGCUCUUUUGUACAGCCUGGACGAUAUCACCGAAGAACAGGGCGAGGAAGCGGUCCCAGGAAGUGAGGCAGAGCGCCGAGUUCAGGAGCUUCAAGAAGAUCUUGAAAGACUCCAGACUCAGUUCUCUGAGUAUAGACUUGCUGUCCAGCAGUCAAUGGAAGACCAAUUGACCAAAGAGGACGACAAACUUGAUGCGAGCGCACCUGCGGGGAAUCCCAACGGUGCUACCAAGGCGCAGGAGAUUGAUGAAGACUAUUUCGCAUCUUACGCCUACAAUGGAAUUCACGAGUCUAUGCUGAAAGAUGCCAUUCGCACCGACGCCUACCGCGACUUUGUAUAUGAGAACAAGAACCUCUUCAAGGACAAGGUUGUCCUCGAUGUUGGCUGUGGAACUGGCAUCUUGUCCAUGUUCUGUGCCAAGGCUGGUGCUAAAAAGGUUAUCUCUGUUGACAACUCCAACAUCAUUGACCGCGCAAAGGAGAUCGUCUUCGACAAUGAACUUGGUGAUGUCAUCACCUUGGUCCGUGGAAAGAUUGAAGAGGUCACCCUGCCUGUUGACAAGGUCGACAUCAUCAUCUCCGAGUGGAUGGGCUAUGCCCUUCUUUUCGAAGCCAUGUUUGACUCUGUCAUCUAUGCACGAGACCGCUAUCUUGCUCCUGACGGCCUGAUGGUUCCGUCUCACGCGACCCUACGAAUUGCUCCUUACUCAGACCCGGACUUCAUUGAUUCGCACAUCAAUUUCUGGCAAAAUGUAUACGGUUUCAAGAUGAACAGUAUGCUGUUGAAGAUCUACGAUGAAGCUGUUGUUCGCGGGAUUUCCUCCUCGACCCUCGCUGCGGACUCGACCAUUUUCUUGCCGCUGCCUCUGCACACCAUCACCGUUGAGGAGUUGAGCUUCUUAAAGGAGUUCCAGGUCACCCUUAACCAAGAUAUUGAUGCUCUUGAUGGCUGGGCAAUCUGGUUCGAUAUGUUUUUUAUGCCCUCGAGAGACUCGCCCAUCCCCGAAAACGCUGUGCCCUCCGACAUGCAGAAGAAGGGAUAUGUGGCAUUCACCACAGGGCCUGAUGGAACCGAGACUCACUGGCAACAAACUGUUGCUCUGAUUGACCAUGGAAAGCACAAGCCAAAGCCUCUGAAGAAGGGACAAGUUAUUACCGGUAAAGUCGGCUACCAAAAGAGAGAUAUGGAGGGUUCUCGUGGUCUGCGCAUUGGAAUCCAGUGGCAAGGCGGCGAUCACACCAAAGGCGAGCAAAAAUGGGGCCUCCAGUAA